AAUGAACACAGAACGCCACAGUUGAUAUCGUGUACGUAUGCAAUGUACCGCAUUAAUUUUAUGUUGAUUAUAGUCAUCGUCAUUUGUACAAUGCGUGGUGAAAGUGAUAUUAAUAGAGUAAAACGUGCACUUCUGGUUGCUCCCAUGGGCGGAGUGUUUAAGUUGGUAAUUGGUGUCGCCAUUCCUAUACAUCUAGGUCUUAAGCAAAGUAUGGUAUAUGGUUUAAACUUCCAGUUUCAAUACGCUCAGCCACAAAAUGUUAGCCAGCUUAAAGUAUACCCGCCGAUAAUAUCGAGAAAGAGAGAAAAAAGAGAAGAAAUGUUCAAUGAUAGAGCGGUUGCUUACGCAGCACUCGAAUCAUUGAUGGACAGGUACUACAAAAUUGAUGGUAGAGCGUGUUUACUCCGCAGUAUAUGCGAGAACGCAAUGCAGUCUCUCCACAGUGAGGAAAACGGAGUGUAUGGAAAAAUAAUGCACGUCUUAUUAACACCUAAUUACGGCAACAGAGGGAUUAAUUCAGGAUUAAAUCCGUUAUAUCUAGAAGCCUUUACAGCAGGGAAAUAUGGAGUUGAUUGCAUAUCACUUUAUCCUUCGUGUCCUUACGGACACGGGAUUUUGGAUAUAAUCACAACGUUAGCGGAAAGCUAAGUUUGAAGUUUAAGAUGUUUCAGUUCAAAUUUGGGUAGUUGAUAAUCGACAAAAUAGUAAAGGAUUUUAAGCAUUUUUAAUGCCCUUAUAGUGAAAUUCGUUUUCAAUCCACUAACAAAAACGAAGAGGUGGGCCAGGUUAAAUUUCGAGUCUUUCUUAAACGGCACGCAUAUGAUAAAGACCGUUUUUUUUUAAUUUCCCAAAUUAUUCCUAGUUUCUCACCGUAACCGUUAGCUGGUGGCGAAACAUUUUCUGUAUAAAUUUUAAAUGAAAUAGUGUAUCCAAACCGCUAUUAUAGUAAAAAUUGCAAACAAAAUGUUCCCUUAUGUAGUUUGCUUUCUUAUUUAUUUAUUGUCCCUCUUGUAAAAUGACAUGGCGGAGAGAGUUUAGAUGUACAGAAAAAGAGUUUUUUUCUGUGCUGGGAUUCCAGAAACUGGUUAUGGUUUAGAAAAUACAUGAUUAUGCAUUUUUAUACAAAUGUGGCUUUUUAUACUCGUAUACAUUUUUCCGAUAUUAGACGGAAAGAUUACGCCAGAUCGUGUACGAUGAUUAGUAAACGUCUGUUAACGCAAUUUUUUCUUUACAUGGGUUAGAACUAGCGUAUAAACGUAUAUCAUACGUGUUUAAUCUCGGUAUGAGAUCAAGAUAGUUUAGGGGUAGACUCUAAGGCGGCACCCGUCACUGUGUCAAUUUGUAGACUCGGAACCUUACACCCCAAAUGAGUAGAAACAGCCUAAGCUGUAAUACUGGUUUAUUCAUAAUAUUUACACGUUUAUAUACACUGUUAUUGUCCUAGUUCUACUAUUUGUUUACUUACCUCAGCGAUACUAUUAUUUUAUUAUUUGCAUUUUCAUGCCUUACUCGAUUGACCUGCUUUAUAUGUAUGCAUAAUACUGAUGUCUUAAUACCUACUUAAUCUACACGUUAAUUACUUAAUUAAUAUUGUUUCCCAGAUUAAUCUGUGAUUGAACAAUACGUCUGUUGAG